GGUCCUAGUCAACCAUCAAUCUGAGCCAAGAAGUCCAACUCUUUUAGAAAGACACCAUGGCUUGGUCUCUAGUUUUCCUAGCCCUUCUCAGUUACUGGUCAGGCAUCAACGCCCAACCAACUUUGACCCAAACUCCAUACAUGUCAGUGUCCCCAGGGCAAGAAGUUAAAUUCUCCUGUACUGCCAGCAACAACCAAAAUACCAUGUAUUGGUAUCAACAGAAGGUUGGACUGUGCCCCUGUUAUGUACAGUACUCUGGCAUCAGCAGAGGAGAUGGGAUCCCAGUUCGAUUCACAGCUUCUGUCUCUGGGAACAUUACUUAUUUAACCAUCACCAGCAGCCAGGCUGAAGAUGAGGCUGACUACUGUUGUGGUAUGUGGUACAGUAGUGGUAAUAAGUUUCACCGUACAGGAAAUAGAGUGCUUUCAGUCUUAACCAGAAUGGCUUUGAUUCUCCUUCUCUUCCCAGUUCUCAUGUAUUGCUCAGGGGUCGAUGCACAGCCUGUACUCACUCAGAGCCCUUCUCAGUCUGUUUCCCUGAGAAACACGGCAAGGCUUGUCUGCAGUUUGAGCCAAGGCUACGAAAACUAUGUUGUUUCUUGGUAUCAGCAGAAAGCAGGGCAGAGCCCUCGGCUUGUGCUGGACACAGCUGGCAACAGAGCCGAUGGGAUUCCAGAUCGGUUUUCCGGCUCCAAAUCUGGCAGUGAUCGUGUUUUAACCAUCACCGAUGCCCAGGGAGAAGAUGAGGCAACAUAUUAUUGUGGUGCAGACCAUGGCAGUGGUGGUAAAUUUAUAACACCCACAGUGAUACGUUUACAAAAGGAACUGAGACAAAAACCUCCACUGAGAAAAAAAAAAGCUUUUCCCAGGCGAGGGACCAAAGAGCUGUUGUUUUGUAGCUUCAACCCAACCAUGAAUGUCCCAGCUCCUCCAACGCAUUUUUGGAAGGCUCCUCCUGAGCUGUUGAAGGAUUCAGGCCCAACUGGUCUCCCCACUGAAUUGGCGGCAAAAUUUAAGGGGCUGUUCUGGAGCUGA